CUGGAGGCACGUGAUGCCGCGACAUCAUGUAUUUUGAGUCGACUCAAAAUACACCUGGAGGCACGUGAUGCCGCGACAUCAUGUAUUUUGAGUCGACUCAAAAUACACCUAGAGGCACGUGAUGCCGCGACAUCAUGUAUUUUGAGUCGACUCAAAAUACACCUGGAGGCACGGACAUCAAUCUGAGGCACGUGAUGCUGCUGGAUCUUGUAUUCGCUUCGGCAGGUCGCUCCGCCAUCAAUGCCAUCGAGCUGCAGCUGCACAGAGCGGUGCCUGAGGCUCACAUCGCCUUCCUCAACCUCACAUGUGCCCCAGGGGGUAUCCAUAACGUGUGCCGGCGCUCCCCGCACCUCAAGACUGUGACAUCACUUGGGCACCCCAGCAUCGUUCUCUCGCUCACCUCUAACUUUCCCUGUCCUGUGGUGGCGCUUCCCGCUCCUCAAGUCCAUGGUAUCUAAGAUCGACUCGGGGAUAAACGAGGAGUGCAGAG